CCGCCGCGUCCCGCCGCCGCUGCCUCUCCGCCUUCCUCGGGACCAUGGCCACCGACUCGUGGGCCCUAGCGGUGGACGAACAGGAGGCGGCAGCCGAGUCGUUGAGCAACUUGCAUAUCAAAGAAGAGAAAAUCAAAGCAGAUGCCAACGGUAUUGUCAAAGCUGAUGAAAAUUCAGGGAAGACUGAUGAAGAGGAAAAAGAGGAUAGAGCUGCUCAGUCCUUGCUCAACAAGCUGAUUAGAAGCAACCUUGUGGACAACACCAAUCAAGUGGAAGUCCUUCAGCGGGAUCCGAAUUCCCCCCUCUAUUCAGUGAAGUCUUUUGAAGAGCUUCGGCUGAAACCACAACUUCUGCAAGGGGUCUAUGCUAUGGGCUUUAACCGGCCAUCUAAGAUACAAGAGAAUGCACUACCCAUGAUGCUUGCUGAACCCCCACAGAACCUGAUCGCCCAGUCUCAGUCUGGCACCGGUAAAACCGCUGCCUUCGUCCUGGCUAUGCUCAGUCAAAUGGAACCGUUGAACAAAUACCCCCAGUGUUUGUGCCUCUCACCCACUUAUGAGUUGGCUCUUCAGACGGGAAAGGUGAUUGAACAGAUGGGCAAAUUUUAUCCAGAACUUAAGCUAGCUUAUGCUGUCCGAGGCAACAAGUUAGAAAGAGGCCAGAAGAUCAGUGAGCAGAUCGUAAUUGGUACCCCUGGCACAGUUCUGGAUUGGUGCUCCAAACUAAAAUUCAUUGAUCCCAAAAAGAUCAAGGUGUUUGUUUUAGAUGAAGCUGACGUGAUGAUAGCCACCCAAGGCCACCAGGAUCAGAGUAUCCGCAUCCAGAGAAUGCUCCCUAAAGAUUGUCAGAUGCUGCUUUUCUCUGCCACCUUCGAAGACUCUGUGUGGAGGUUUGCUCAGAAGGUUGUCCCAGACCCAAACAUCAUCAAACUGAAGCGAGAAGAGGAAACGUUAGAUACCAUUAAGCAGUAUUAUGUUUUGUGCAAUAACCGGGAUGAGAAGUUCCAGGCCCUUUGUAAUCUCUAUGGGGCCAUCACCAUUGCACAAGCCAUGAUCUUCUGUCACACCCGCAAAACAGCUGGUUGGCUGGCAGCUGAACUAUCCAAAGAAGGCCACCAGGUGGCCCUUCUGAGUGGCGAAAUGAUGGUGGAACAGAGAGCUGCCGUGAUUGAGCGUUUUCGAGAGGGCAAGGAGAAAGUGUUGGUGACUACCAAUGUGUGUGCUCGAGGUAUCGAUGUUGAACAGGUGUCUGUGGUUAUCAACUUUGACCUGCCAGUGGACAAGGAUGGGAAUCCAGACAAUGAGACAUACCUGCAUCGGAUUGGGCGCACGGGGCGCUUUGGCAAGCGAGGCCUGGCCGUGAACAUGGUAGACAGCAAGCACAGCAUGAACAUUCUCAAAAGGAUCGAAGAACAUUUCAAUAAGAAGAUAGACAGAUUGGACACCGACGAUCUGGAUGAGAUUGAGAAAAUAGCCAACUGAAAAGCAUUGGCUAGAGUUGACCUACACCCUGUGGAUGUCCAUCUCCAGCUCCAUUUGGAAUAUUUGUUUUUCAAAUUGGCAUAAUUCUCAACUAGUCACCAAAAAGGACUAAGGCAGAAAUACAUAGAAAUUACCUACCUCAUUUCAAAUUAUGUUUGGACUUAACAAAAAAAAAUUGUGCAAAUAAUGGGGCGAGGUAGAAAGAGAAAAAAUGUUUAUAUAAGCUUUUAUGAUUAGAUGUAAAUUGACAGAAACGCAAACAAAAAAAAGCCAAUGUGUUCCCAUCUUAAGAUUCUACUUAAGGAACUGUCACAUCUGGACAAUUUGGCUUCCAAUAUCCACUGUGGUAGCAUCUGGUUCUGUUCUUUAUCCCAAAGUGAGACAAGAAUAUUCCGGGUGCCAACCAGUCUACAGCAAACUGCCAAGGAGACAGAGCUGAGGUAACAGUUGAUAGAAAAGGCAGAGUCAAGAGGGGCAUCCUGGACAGCUUCAAAGCCAAAAAGGUUUGGGGAGAGGUCCCCAGCUGGGAUGGAACAGCUCUUUUCUCCCAGCCACCCAUAGCACAAAGAAAUGGUUUGAUAAUGAGAAGAACCCACCAGAUCAGUAGAGGGGCUGAACUUCAGAAUGGAGGUUGACUUCUCCAAUGUGCCAGUGUCAAUUCAGUAACAUUAUUAUCAUGGAAUCAUAGUGGCCCUAUUCUAGUGCCAGGUCACUUAUACUAUGUGGUCCCCAAAAUGCUGAGCACCUGCAGGAAAUGCCACAUGGAACUGGGGGCAAAUGAUCUUGGAACUGGGGCUCUCCACUGGAAGCAUUGAAGGCAGCAGGCCUCUGCCUCUGUGACUUGAAGAGAGGAGACCCUUGAAAAGGGACUUAGCGGGAGGAGACCAUCUCCACCAUUGCAGUUCUGAGAGUUACAUGUCUUUGUUGUCCUGGCAAGGUGGCCCAAUUCUCCCAAUGAAAAUCAUGUCAGAUAUGGGAUAUCA